AUGAAGCCUGCAAGCCUGUGCUGACAAUUUUAUUCCAACACUGUAUCUAAUUAUAUAUCGAUAUGUAUUACAACUAUGCCUUAAUUUGAUAGUUUAUGUGGUAUUUCAGACUAUACUGCACGCAAACCUUCAACUAGGCUAGCCUACACAUGUAAUUGUUUUUAGGAAAAAUGGAUUCAGCACGAUCCGUCUUGAUCAGUUGAAAAUACCGCUGUUUAUCGGUGUUGAUUUCAAUUCCGAUUAAAACACACAAUCGAUAUGGAUAGCAACAUGUACCAGUCAUAUGGUACAGGACUGACGCCACAACACCAGCAGAGUCCAAUGAUGUCGCCAGCUCUAGCAGGAUUUGGCCAUGGACUUACCCCAAAUCCAGUUAUGCCUCCAUCCAAUGCUCCAAGUCUGUAUCCACCGACCCCUACACCUGGUGGACCAAUGACAGCCCCUAUGACCCCAAUAUCACCUGCUACACCAGCAUCAGAAGCAGCUAGCCUCAUGCCGCUGAGGCCACAAUUACAAAAUAUUGUGUGUACUGUAAACUUGGGAUGCAAGCUUGAUCUGAAAAAAAUUGCACUCCAUGCAAGAAAUGCAGAGUACAAUCCAAAACGUUUUGCUGCAGUUAUCAUGAGAAUUCGAGAUCCUCGGACCACAGCUCUGAUCUUCAGUUCUGGAAAAAUGGUGUGCACUGGGGCCAAAAGUGAGGAACAGGCAAAGCUAGCUGCAAGAAAAUAUGCAAGAAUUGUACAAAAACUUGGCUUUCCAGCAAAAUUCCUUGAUUUUAAAAUCCAAAAUAUGGUGGGAAGUUGUGAUGUGAAAUUUCCGAUCCGGUUAGAAGGUUUAGUGCUCAGUCAUGGCCAGUUCUCCACCUAUGAACCCGAGUUGUUCCCAGGUUUAAUUUACAGAAUGGUGAAGCCUAGAAUUGUGUUACUGAUUUUUGUCUCAGGAAAAGUUGUAUUAACAGGUGCCAAAGUGAGAGAAGAAAUCUAUGAAGCGUUUGACAACAUCUAUCCUAUUUUGAAGGGUUUUAAGAAGCAAUAGAAUUACACAACAGUCCCUGUUAUGAGUGUACAUAUCAAUAGCCAUUGACUUUAUCAAUCAUCAUCGUUGACAAUUUACGACCGUCAGGAUGUUAAUACAUUAUCGCAACUGUUUUUUUGCCAGUAUUCAUCAUAUUAUUUCCUGAAAUAGUAUGAUUCAAACACCUGAUCAGUGUCAUAUUAAGUAUGGAUAACUAACUGUACCGCAGGAUGAUACUUGAUACUUCAAUAUGUCUGUAAUAUAUACUUUUUAGGUCACCUGAGACGAAGUCUCAAGUGACCUAUUCUAAUCGCCUUUUGUCCGUCGUCGUUGCCAUCCGUCGUUCGUCGUCCGCCCAUAAACAUUUUCAACUUCAUCUCCAAUAGCGCUUAGCCAAAUUCUAUGGCUGAAGGUCAACCAAAAUUGUGAAUUAUAUGGUCCCCACCCCCCAGGGGCCAAAAAUGGUCAAAUUGACUAAAACUUCAAAAAUCU